UCAGGUACAGUUAGCCAGUAGCCUACAGACUGGGACUUGACAAACAAACAGUGGACCUCCUGUCUCCACUCGAGAUUUCAUUAGCAGAAGAUAAAGCUAAUAUUCAAAGGUGGCGAAUUGUUUAGGAUUAUAACCAGGAAGUGCUUGCUGUUUUCUAUCAACGCACUUUAAGACCUGCCCGCUUGCAUGGAGGACAACGGGCUUGGAUUUAAGGACUGGCGAGACAUUAUGUGGAAGAGGAGACAAUAAAGUGGAGCUUAUUUAGCGCCCCUCCGGGUUCCGGACUUCAUCCGUAGCAGUUAGAUGCGUCUGUACCCUGAUCUGUGACAAUGACAAUGAAAGGCUUGUCGAGUAGCCGGAGACACCAUCACACAGUGACCUGUGACCCCUCCUAUGACUCCAUGACCCUGGGGCGCCAAGCCCGGCCCUACCUGCUGAACCCAGGCGAUGCCCACCCGGCGGACCACCCUUACUAUGCCCAGCGAAGCUCCUUCCAGUCUGAGUGCGGGCCCUACCCUGACCUGGCUAGCAGCACCUUCCCCCGAAGACAAUACAGCUCCCACCAUGAACUGAAGGAUGAGUGUGCUGUGGUGCCUUACACCGGAGGCCAAGGGGGAAGCAUUAAGGGGGGCGGUGGUGGUGGAGGAGUCGGAGGCAGCAACAACCGAAUUCCACCGAAUCUUCUGGAGCAGUUUGAGCGGCAGGCACCGGUGCGGCACGACGGCUACCACACGCUGCAGUACAAGCGCACAGCGGUGGAGCACCAGCGCAGCGACAGCCCCGGAAGGAUCCGCCAUCUUGUCCACUCGGUCCAGAAACUCUUCACCAAGUCCCACUCCCUGGAGGGCCCAUCGGGGGGCAGGGUGAACGGGGGAAAGGCCAGCCCCGACGACCCGCCCUCCAACUCGGGCACCCUGAAGCACAGCAGCAAGCGCAGCAAGAGCAAAGACCGCAGUAGGUCGGAGCCCAAGAUGCGCUCGGCCAUCUCAGGCUACUGGAGCUCGGACGACACCCUGGACCGCGAGAUGUGCCUGUACCAUCACCACAGCCCCAGCCCGGGAGGCAUGCCCUCUGGGGUGAUGACCAUGGGCCGCCACCCAGAGAAGUCCCAGUCACAGUACUUCAUGGAGCAGUACAACACCAUCAGCGCCCACUCGCUGAAGACGUCGCGGAGCAACAAUGACGUCAAGUGUUCCACGUGCGCCGGGUUGCCGGGAUUGGGCAUGGGCAUGGACGGAACUGGCCAGCUUCUGAAGAAGAGCUCUUGGUCAUCCACGCUGACGGUCAGCAGGGCAAGGGAGGUCUACCAGAAGGCAUCGGUCAACCUGGACAAAGCCCUUGUCAAGGCUGAGACCUGCCAGCAGGGGGGCCGCCCAACCUUUCAAUUCCUCCAGGUUCCCCAGGACGAGUGGAGUGGGGGAUUCUCGCCCCUGGGGAAGGAUGAGGAGAUCCCAUGUCGGCGGAUGCGCAGCGGCAGCUACAUCAAGGCCAUGGCAGAAGAAGACAGCGGUGACUCAGACUGCAGCCCCAAGCCCUCGCCAAAGGUGCAGGCACGCCGGGCCAGCUACCUGAAGGCCACACAGCCAUCGCUCACCGAGAUGACCACCCUCAAGAUCUCCACUGACUCGCAUUCUCCCAAGCUGCAGAUCCGGAGCCACAGCUACCUGCGGGCGGUGAGUGAGGUUUCCAUCAAUAGAAGCCUGGACAGCUUGGACCCGGCAGGGCUCCUGGCCUCGCCCAAAUUCCGCUCGCGAAAUGAGAGCUACAUGAGAGCCAUGAGCACCAUCAGCCAGGUGAGCGAGGUGGAGGUAAACGGGCAGAUCGAGGCAGUGUGCGAGUCCGUUUUCAGUGAGAUGGAGUCUCAAGCGGUGGGUGCUCUGGACCUCCCCAUGUCCCAUCACUACCAGACCAGACAUCUGGCCCACCAGCAGUAG